GGGGUUAAAAAAAAAAAAAAAAGCUGGUAAUCCUGUCCUGAAAGGUGAUGUGGAUGUGGGAAAGGGGAUAACCCUGCUGGAAAGCUGCAGCGGGAUGGGUCGCGCCCAGAAAAGACGCGGACCCUGUCUCAGGGCUUUCGGCCUCUGGCGGCGACCUAAACCCGCUUCUCUCCGCGCUUUUCGGUACUCUGGGGUUCCCGCGUACUCGGGAGAGGCGCUGAAGCCCCAGGGGCGGGCAGGCCGGGGCCGCUGCGCACGGGGAUUGGCCGCUUCAGGCCGCCUUCCAAGCGGAAGUGGAAGCGGGCGGAAGUGGCGCGAAGCAGUUGGAGGGAGUGUCGUGUGUAAACAGUGUCCUUCCGCGCGGUGGCUUCAGAGAGAGCUGCUGAGGGUGGGGGCGUGCCUGGAAUUUGGGGGUAUAGCUCGUGGUCGAGAACCGCGGCAGUAGAGAGGGACGGAGAGGCUCUCAACGUGCUGGCCAAUGGCGGGACGGGCUCCCGCCUUGGGCGGAGGAAUCCCAGGCUGUGAGGCGGCUGGAAUCUGGGCCCAUGUGCUUCUUUGUUUACUAAGAGCGGAAGCACUGGCGGGAGCGGGGGUGGGUUAGAGGACCGGCCUAGCGGCGAAGAUCCGAAAAGGUUAAGAAGUUCUUACAAGAGUUUUACCAGGAUGAUGAGUUUGGAAAGAAGCAGUUCAAGUAUGGGAACCAACUGGUUUUGCUGGCUCAUCGGGAACAAGUGGCACUGUAUGUGGAUCUGGAUGACAUAGCUGAGGAUGACCCUGAGUUGGUGGAUGCGAUUUGUGAGAACGCAAAGCGCUAUUCGAGGCUCUUUGCUGAAGCUAUACAAGAGCUGCUUCCUCAGUACAAGGAGAGGGAGGUGGUAAAUAAAGAUGUUUUGGAUGUUUACAUUGAGCACCGGCUGAUGAUGGAGCAGCGGAGCCGGCAACCUGGGGCUGUGCGAAGCCCCCAGAACCAGUACCCUUCUGAGCUCAUGCGCAGAUUCGAGCUAUAUUUUCAAGGCCCAAGCAGCAAUAAACCUCGUGUCAUCCGGGAAGUACGAGCUGAUUCUGUAGGGAAAUUGGUAACUGUGCGUGGAAUCGUCACUCGUGUCUCUGAAGUCAAACCCAGGAUGGUGGUGGCCACAUAUACUUGUGACCAGUGUGGGGCAGAAACCUACCAGCCGAUCCAGUCUCCUACUUUCAUGCCUCUGAUCAUGUGCCCAAGCCAGGAGUGCCAAACCAACCGCUCAGGUGGGCGGCUGUAUCUGCAGACACGUGGCUCCAAAUUCAUCAAAUUUCAGGAAAUGAAGAUGCAAGAACAUAGUGACCAAGUACCAGUGGGAAACAUCCCUCGCAGCAUCACGGUGCUGGUAGAAGGAGAGAACACAAGGAUUGCCCAGCCUGGAGACCAUGUCAGUGUCACUGGUAUCUUCUUGCCAGUCCUACGCACUGGGUUCAGGCAGGUGGUACAGGGUUUACUCUCAGAAACUUACUUGGAAGCCCAUCGGAUUGUGAAGAUGAGUAAGAGUGAGGAUGAUGAAUUUGGGGCUGGCGAGCUGAGCAAGGAAGAGCUGAGGCAGAUUGCAGAGGAAGAUUUCUAUGAAAAACUGGCAGCUUCUAUUGCCCCAGAGAUAUAUGGGCAUGAAGAUGUGAAGAAGGCACUGUUACUUCUCCUAGUGGGAGGUGUGGACCAGUCUCCUCGAGGCAUGAAAAUCAGAGGCAACAUCAACAUCUGCCUGAUGGGGGACCCUGGUGUGGCCAAGUCACAGCUCCUGUCUUAUAUUGAUCGCUUGGCCCCUCGCAGCCAAUACACAACGGGGCGUGGCUCCUCAGGAGUGGGGCUUACAGCAGCUGUGCUGAGGGACUCUGUGACUGGAGAACUGACCUUAGAGGGUGGGGCCCUUGUGCUGGCUGACCAGGGCGUGUGCUGCAUUGAUGAGUUUGACAAGAUGGCUGAGGCUGACCGCACAGCCAUCCACGAGGUCAUGGAGCAGCAAACUAUCUCCAUUGCCAAGGCGGGCAUUCUUACCACACUCAAUGCUCGCUGCUCCAUCUUAGCUGCUGCCAAUCCUGCCUACGGUCGCUAUAACCCCCGCCGCAGCCUAGAACAGAACAUACAGCUCCCUGCUGCGCUACUUUCCCGAUUUGACCUUCUUUGGCUGAUCCAGGACCGGCCUGACCAAGACAAUGACCUACGGUUGGCUCAGCACAUCACCUAUGUGCACCAGCAUAGCCGGCAGCCCCCUGCCCAGUUUGAACCUCUAGACAUGAAGCUCAUGAGACGGUACAUAGCUAUGUGCCGUGAGAAGCAGCCUGCAGUGCCAGAAUCUCUGGCUGACUAUAUCACAGCAGCGUAUGUGGAAAUGAGGCGAGAGGCUUGGGCUAGUAAGGAUGCCACCUAUACUUCUGCCCGGACCCUACUCGCCAUUUUGCGACUUUCAACUGCUCUGGCGCGUCUGCGAAUGGUGGACACUGUGGAGAAGGAAGAUGUGAAUGAAGCAAUAAGGCUAAUGGAAAUGUCAAAGGACUCACUUUUAGGCGACAAGGGGCAAACAGCUAGGACCCAGAGACCAGCAGAUGUGAUAUUUGCCACUGUCCGAGAAUUGGCCUCAGGGAGCCGAAGUGUCCGAUUUUCUGAAGCAGAGCAACGUUGUGUAUCUCGUGGCUUCACACCUGCCCAGUUUCAGGCAGCUCUGGAUGAAUACGAGGAGUUAAAUGUCUGGCAGGUCAAUACUUCCAGGACACGGAUCACUUUUGUGUGAUUCCAACCUGCCCCUUCUAAAGGUUUAAUGAUGCCUCUUAAGGGAAGGAGGAUCCCCUCUUUUCUACACUGCACUUGUUCUUGCUAAUAAAGUAUUUGUAGAUUG